AUGGCCGAGAUCGCCCGUAAAGCGGGCGUCGAUAUUGAGCGCGAGUCGCCGGUUGGGAAACGACGGGGUUUAGCCCACGACGAUGAGCCCGUCGGACUGCCGCCGAGCAACCCGAAUGACGAUGAGGCAUCGUUGUUCAAGCAGGUGCGCAAUUUCUUGUUUGGCGAUAACGGUGGCGCGCGCUACUCCGACCUUGAAAAACUGUGUGACCGCUCGGGCUUAUCGGAUUACCUACCGUGGAAGCUGUAUCGCCGCGAGGAUCAUGCGUACCUGAACGUGAACAAUACGGUUGGUUACCUCUGGGAGUGCACACCGAUCCCGUUUGCCGGAUUAAAUGAGGUUAAGCAGCUCGAAUCGCUGAUCCGCGCCGAUUUCCCGAAAGACACGGUGUUGCAGUUCUGCUUCUACAGUGACCACGACGUCACGGGGUUUGUCGAUGCGUUCCAAAGGAACAAGACGCGCCGCGAUCCGCUGGUUAAGAAAAACAUUGAAGCCUACAGCGAUUUUCUUGAGGAAGGCGCGGAUGGGAUCCGAAAGUGCCACGGCAUUCCGCUGCGUAAUUUCCGGCUGUUCGUCGCGCUCUAUUCCAAAGGCCAGUUAUCGGAAGACAUCGUUUCGAUUACCGAAGAAAUGCUGACGGGCGCGCAUUUGUAUCCGCGACGGCUACCCAUCGAAGGUUUUUUGCAAUUCGCAAGGAACCUACUCAACGGUCGCAAGCACGGCGGAUCUAUUGGAACGUUCGAUGAAUCGUUACCCAUUCGAAAGCAGAUUAUCAGCGCGGACACGGAUAUCGAUUUUCGUACCCAGCCAUACCGCUUGGGCAAUAUGUACGCAAAAUGUCUGACGCCAAAAGCAAACCCAAAGCGAGUUGAUCCGCUCAAAUCCAACACGUUGAUCGGUGGGAUUCGCGGUGUGUCGGAAGACGCCGAACAGAUUACGUCGCCGUUCCUUUGGACCUGCAGCAUCAUUUUCGACGAUUUGAAAUUCUCUCUGCAUCAGAAAGCCAGCAUGACCAUGAUGCAGAAGAGCGGCGGGAGCUUCGCUGCUGCCAUUCAGCGCCGGAUGGAAGAGUUUGGCUGGGCACUCGAUAAGUUUGAGAGUGAUCGAUUCGUCACCAUUGUGCCGUCACUGUGGGUGUUUGAUGAGGACCCACAGAAACUGCGUGACAGUGCGUCCCGCAUCAAACGCAUCUGGGAGUCAAAAGACUUUGUGAUGCAGGAAGAAACGAUCAUGAGCAAGGCGCUGUUGAUCGCGUCUUUGCCGUUUGGGCUUUACACAGAUCGUGGCAACGUCGGAAAAAUGGAGCGCUCUUUCAUCUGUCAUGCGGCGGCCGUCGCGCGCUACCUACCCAUUCAGGGAGACUUUCGAGGCGCAAGCGAACCGGUGCUCGCGUAUGUCGGCCGAAAAGGGCAGCACAUUGGCGUUGAUCUCUUUGACAACCGGUCGAACAACCACAACUUUUUGGUCGCUGCCGAAUCCGGUUCGGGUAAGUCGUUUCAGUUGAAUAACCUUUGCGGCAACUACUACGCCACAAACGCCUUGAUACGCAUUGUCGAUAUCGGUUACUCCUACGAAAAACUGUGCAACACCUGCCACGGCCGAUUCAUGGACUUUGGCAAAGAAAAACCCGUCAUCAACCCCUUCAUGGGCGCUCACCGGGACGAAGAAGACAAACAGAAAAACCAGGUAGCCGCCGCAAACAUUGUUGCUGAAAUGGCCUAUUCGGCCUCUGGCGCUGCACUGUCAGAAACGGAGUGGACGCUCAUAAAGGGGGCGGUGAAUGCAGCUUUUCGAUCAGGCAAUGUUGAACGCGGCGUGGAUUACGCUGAGGAAUGGUUGCGCAAGUUCCCAGAGAUGAGUCCGGAUAUGGACGGGCAGGAUGUGGAGUUCGCUCGCAGCAAGGCGCACGAGCUGGCCUUUAACCUUCGCGACUUCACGAGUAAAGGCCAGUACGGCUCGUUCUUUAACGGGCCGUCGACGUUCGACAUCGCGACCGAUGAGUUUGUAGUACUCGAGCUGGAUCAGCUUAAAGGCGUGAAGGAACUGUUUACCGUCGUCGUGAUGCAGGUGAUGAACAGCGUCACCCAGGAUCUGUAUCUAUCUGAUCGGAGUGAUCGGCGAUUUAUCCUAUUCGAGGAGGCGGCGUCGUUCUUAAAACAGAACGGCGUACACGAUCUAUCGCGUCUUGCGAUGAUUAUCGAAGAAGGCUUUCGCCGUGCCCGAAAAUAUCACGGCAGUUUUGGCGUUGUCCUGCAGUCGAUGGUUGACCUGAAGAGUUUUGGUUCAAUCGGCGACGUUUUACUCAACAACGCAGCCUACAAGUUCAUGCUCGAAGGCAAGGACUACCCAAAAGCAAUCUCGGAAGGCCUGAUUGACUAUCAAGGCUUGGCCGUAGAGCUCCUGACGUCGAUCAAGAACAACAAGCCUCGCUACUCUGAAAUGUUCCUCGAAACACCGUUUGGCGCUGGUGUGGCUCGUUUGGUCGUGGACCCUUGGAAUUACUGGGUCAAUACGUCGGCUGGGGAUGAAGUUGCGGCCUUCAACAAGUUGAUCAAGCAGGGCAAAACGCCCAUUGAAGCCAUCAGCGAACUGUCUGGGAUCGACGUGACCGCCGCUGGAGAUGCGGCCGCGUCGUUUCAGCAAAUUGUGGGUACGCCGCAGGCGAUUCAGGACAAUCUAACAAAUCCACUGUUGUCGGACGCGCAAAUGCAAACCCCCGACGGCGUCGCGUUUGAUGCGCAGCUCAUCUGUCAGCAAGAAGAUGGUUUUAUGGAAGUGCUCAUCACGCCGAGUGCAACCGGCGAUAUCGGGGGUAUCCAUAUUCAGCAAGACACGACCAUGGACGGCGUGUAUGACCGUGUGUAUUCGACGCCAACGCACGUCUCGGGGGUGUGCGCCAACGGUUUCGUGUCGUGCACGCCGGGCACGUGGGACAACUGCCGCAACUACCAGUGGACGGCACGCGAUAACAAUCACCUGGACGUCGUCGAGGUCGGACUCAGCCAAUUGGGUGGGUGUUACUGCCUGAAUAAUUAUUGCGGCGCAGGGUUGCUCGUUAGUAACCUGGAUACAACCGUUGCCGCAAUAGGUGGCGGUGCGGCUGCAGCGUUGGCGACAAACAACCCGUACUACGCGAUCACCAAUGUUCGGGUUAACGGCCCAACGGCGGAAUAUUUUGGGCAGAACACGGCGCAGUGUGGCGCGCCAGGUCCUAGCCCGUUAACGCGCUAUUUUGCAGCGCCCGUGACGCUGUCGGGCGAUGCAACCGCCGCAGCGACGGCGGAUGACGUGUAUCAGCUUAUCGCUGGGACUCCGGCCGCGACACAAAGCGAUCUUACUCAGGUCGACUGCGAUAUUCGUCGGUCGGUGACGAUGGAUGAAAUCGAUCUCAACGACAUCAUCGACUACAACAGCGGUUCUGGAUCGGUGUCACCCUGUGGCGCCAAUUGUCUGCAAUUGAUUUUGGGAACCGUGGGCGACAAUUAUUGGGGUCCGGCGGCAUGCUCGAUGUUCGAACACAACGUGCAAUUCAAUGUUCUGCGUCCGGACCGCAUUGUCAGCGCGAGCCUGACCCGGGCCAAUUGGGACGACUGGAUCCAGGUGCGAGCCAACUCGGACCUCAUUUGGAGCGGACCAAACCCGUGGUUAGGUCAUGGCAAUCCCCCCGGUCGCUGUGAACGUUUAACAAAUUGGAAUCAAACCCCGAACGUGAAUUUCACGAAUAGCCUCACCGCCGGUGGUCUUGUGGACUUUAACAUUCGCGUUGCGGUGGCAGGGUUUGGAGAAGGGUAUGCCUAUGCGCGCGUCAUCGUAGAUACCUCGUGUGAGUUGCAACCCGACGUUGUAUUGGAUGGUUGUCAAGCCUAUCAGGCGGACCCGGAGUGCAAUCUACUGGAUGAAGUUGUAGAUGGCGUAGAGACCGUUCGGAAUAACACAGCAACCGGCUUAACGCCAAUACCCGCCACGAGGACCAUCAGCGGUGUCGCGUGUUCAGCGGACGUCACGCGGGACUGGUGGGACAAGCGCCGCACGUAUGAGUGCGUCAGCAACAACGAUUACGACUUCACAUCGGACCUGGAACGUAAAGCGUUUAUUCAGGCAAGCGCGACACCAACCGAGUACCAGGACCGGAUUGCUGACGUUGAUACCGGCGCUAUCACGAUAACCGAUGGGACGAUGGUGUUGAUUGAUGAAGUGCCCGUACCCGCAUGUGUCUCGGCGUGCAAGACACGGCGGGAACGUAUUCGCAACGAUGUCGGGCGAUCGGGCGUGGUGUCGGAUUCGAACACCGAACCAGCCACUUACGACAUGCUUUAUCACGAAUGUGAUCAAAGCAAUGUCUGCCCACUGGGCGCCGGUGAAGAGAUUGUCAAAGACUGCGGACAUCCUAUGUUCAAGCGGCACUCAACAACCUGUUCAGUAAUCGCCUGGUUCCUCACGGCGUGCCUGGCGUUAGGGCCGGUAACGCUGUCCGCGGAUCCGAUCGUCUGUGUCGAGGAUCUCAAUGGCAAUGGCGACACGACCGAGCCCGGGGAAAUGGCCGGUUGCGUGGGCUCUGAUCAAUUGUGUCCAAUCAACGCGACAGAUUGCACACCCGGUGUGACAGAGGUUUGCCCUAUCGCGGGAAACGUUUGCAGGGCAGGCGUUUGCAACACGCCCGGCACCUGUGAGGCGAUCGACGUGUUUGGUUCACCCAUUUACUUCUGCCCAACGAUUACCGGCGGAGGUGGUUUUUUUGGUAACGAUCUCGGGGCGUGCACAACCGCAUGUGCAAGCGCCAUGCAGGUGUGCACAGCAGCGCCCGGUGACUACACCUGUCCAUUAGGUAAUGAAUUCGCGUGCAUUGACAAUGCCGGCGUUCAGCAAUGUAGUGCAAAUGCCUGCGUCGAUUUGGCAAUAUCACCGCCGGUCGAUACGCCGCUGCAAGGGCAGGGGACAAUGCUGAUUGAUGAUGGUGAUCGAGACCAAGACGGGUAUUGUCUUGGCGCAACGGUCAUUUUCAAUGGGCGCGCCAUGGAGUGCUUGCCGUCGGGGCUGUCUACCGCCUUCCAAGACUGUUGCGAAGCGCAAGGCGAAAUCUAUACCGAUUCAACGGGUAGCGCAGUCCAAAGCACGCUGACCAACAAAGCCAUUAUUGCAACCUUUCAAGCCGCAACCACCGCCUACGGCGCCUAUUCCGCGGCAGUAGCUUCUGGUGCCUCUACGGGGGCUGCGGCGUCGGCGGGUGCAACAGCAGCCGGUGACGUUUUUGCCGUCGCGUUCGAUCCAACCACGCUUGUUAUUGCCAUAGCAGUUGCGCUGGUACUGGAGUGGUUAACCAGGGCCUGUCCGCAGGAGAGCUUGGAAGCGGCGGCGUUGGUUGCGUCCGAGUAUUGCGUCGAGCUCGGUUCGUAUUGUAAGCGCCGAAUUCUAGGAUCGUGUGUCCAACGUGGACGAACGCAAUGCUGUUUCAAUUCAAAACUGGCCAAGAUCAUUCACGAACAGGGGCGUGUGCAAUUGAGCACGUUCCCGAACGGCUUUGGAGAUAUCGAAGCACCCGAUUGCCGAGGGUUUACGCCAGAAGAGUUUCAGGCACUGGACUUUUCGAAAAUCGAUCUCACCGAAUACUACGACGACAUCACGCAAGCGUCGGAUGCGGUGAUCCAACAAACCAUUCAAGACGGUGUGUUGGCUGAAUCGGUGACGGUUGGCCAGACCUAUCCUAUUGCAGAGCGCGAUGCGUUGGAAGAAAUCGAAGGCCGCGCAAAAGCAGUCGAUUGGGCGAAAGCGUUAGAGAACGUGACUUGGUCGGCAAAGAACGGGUAUCUCGUGCCACGCGCAGCGGUUGAUCAAACCCGUCACUAUGUGCCUUGGUACACAAUUGAAUUUGAUGUGCGAGACCAGUUCGGCCAGGUUAUCUACCCAAAAGGGUUUCAAUUUAACGUGUUGGAACACAUCUCGCUGCCUUACCGAGUUGUCGUCAUCAAUCCGUCUGAUGUGGCCUGGGUCAAGCCACGGCUUAAAGACAGCGAUAUGGUCAUUCUGACCAAUGGGGACUUUGAAGAAGCGAGCGAAGUUUUAGAACGGCCCACGUUUAUGCUAGAUGCAAAGACCAAAACGCGGCUCGGCAUUGAGGCGGUGCCAUCGAUCGUGACGCAGUUCGGCGAUAGGUUCGUCGUUGAAGAGUUCUUCGUGGAGGUAGAAUCGUGA